UCACUUUCAUCCUGCAGAUAUCAUGUUAAUUCCAACAUGAUGUCUGGUUUUCAUGGUACCAAACAUUCCCACAACAAGGCUCAGACAUCUCCUUAUCCAGGUUCAAAAGUUCAACGCAGCCAGGUUCCUAAUGAUAAAGUGGGCUGGUUUGUUGAGUGGCGUGACUAUAAUCUUGUGUAAUACACUGCAGUUUCUGUCCUGGCUGGACCUCAGUGGGCAGAUCCUCAGAUCAGUGAAAGCAACUUCUCUCCCAAGUUUAAUGAAAAGGAUGGGCAGGUUGAGAGAAAGAGCCAGAAUGGCCUGUAUGAGGUUGAAAAUGGAAGACCUAGAAAUCCUGCAGGACGGACUGGACUGGUUGGCCGGGGGCUUUUGGGGCGAUGGGGCCCCAAUCAUGCUGCAGAUCCCAUCAUAACCAGGUGGAAAAGGGAUAGAAGUGGAAAUAAAAUCACCCAUCCCAUUUCUGGGAAAAACAUCUCACAGUCUGUUGCAAUAAAAAGGAAAGACUGUGGAGAAUGGGCAAUCCCAGGGGGGAUGGUGGAUCCAGGAGAGAAGAUUAGUGCCACACUGAAAAGAGAAUUUGGUGAGGAAGCGCUCAACUCCUUACAGAAAUCCAGUGCUGAGAAGAAAGAAUUGCAGGAAAAGUUGCACCAGCUCUUCAGCCAGGAACAUCUAGUGAUAUAUAAAGGUUAUGUUGAUGAUCCUCAAAACACUGAUAAUGCAUGGAUGGAGACAGAAGCUGUGAAUUACCAUGAUGAAACAGGUGAAAUAAUGGAUAACCUUACCUUAGAAGCUGGAGAUGAUGCUGGAAAGGUGAAAUGGAUGGACAUCAGUGAUAAACGCAAGCUUUAUGCUAGUUAUGCUCAGUUCAUCAAGCUUGUGGCGGAGAAACGAGAUGCACACUGGAGUGAGGACGCUGAGACUGGCUGCCCUGGGUAA